AUGUUUGAAAUUAAACUCAAUGACAAGAUGAAGCAGCUUCUGAAGCAGUUAAAUGAUAGAAAAGACGUCGAAAAAAGCUUGAAAACCGGUUGUAUUUCGAUGCAUUUAAUGUUAGACUUGUGCAAGUCUCAGUGGAGUGGAAUCGAGCUGGAAAAGGUGAUUUGUCCCUUAGAAUUUCAGUUCAAAGAGCAACGUCAGAGAACUUCGCAGUAUACUCCGGAAUUUAGAGAGAAAAUGCAACAACUUCGGUUAGUACAGGAAGAAGCAGAAUAUCAAGCAAUGUUGAAAAGAGACGGGUUUGCGACGACCACGCGGGAUAAAGAGGAACUGACACCUGCACAAAUGAAUAAGCAAAUUAGAGAACAAGUGACGACAAUGGUCAACGUUCUGGUUUCGGUAGCAUCUGUUGUUUUUGCCGCGUGGUAUUGGUCAAACUCCUCGGCACGGAUGAAAAUACAUCAUCGGAUUCUCCUGUGUCUUUUCACUGGGAUCUUGGUGCUGGUCGCUGAAGUGGUGGUCUACAAUAGCUAUUUGCAAAAGCUUGAAGACGCGAAAUUGCGUGAAAGAGCGAAAAAAGAGCGGAAAGAAGUGGUCAAGACACUUGCAGCGUGA